GAAAGACCGAAAAAGAAGAAGAAAAGAAAGCCUUCAAGGAUUUAUCAAGAUGAACGAUCUGUUCUCAAGCUCCUUCAAGAAGUACACAGACCUGAAGCGUCAGGCCUACCUGGACGACAUGGAAUCAGGUGGAGAAGCUGGAAAGGAAAGCGUGAACCUUGACAGGUUCUUCGAAGAUGUGGAGAAAGUUAAGACCGAGAUGAGGGAUGUGGAGAAACUUUACAAAAAGCUUCAAGAUUCCAAUGAAGAUAGCAAAACUGUUCACAAUGCUAAAACCAUGAAAGAGGUCCGAGCCCGUAUGGAUUCUGAUGUCCAACUAGUUUUGAAACGCGUCAAGAUCAUAAAGACCAAUCUUGAAGCCCUGGAACGCUCCAAUGCCGCUCAUCGAAAUCUCCCUGGCUGUGGCCCUGGCUCCUCUGCAGAUCGUACUCGAACCUCUGUCGUUGCUGGGUUGGGGAAAAAACUCAAAGACAUGAUGGACGAUUUUCAAGGGCUGAGAGCAAAGAUGAAUAUCGAGUAUAAGGAGACCGUGGAGCGCAGAUAUUUCACCAUUACAGGUCAGAAAGCUGAUGAAGAAACAAUUGAGAACCUGAUUUCAAGUGGGGAAAGCGAGAAUUUCUUACAAAAAGCGAUUCAAGAACAGGGUAGGGGCCAGAUUUUGGAUACUAUUUCUGAAAUUCAAGAACGACAUGAUGCUGUGAAGGAAAUUGAGAAGAAUUUGAUUGAACUUCAUCAGGUAUUCUUAGAUAUGGCUGCUCUGGUUGAAGCACAGGGGCAACAACUUAACGAUAUCGAAAGCCAUGUAAUGCAUGCCAAUUCAUUUGUACGGCGAGGAACAGAGCAGCUUCAAGUUGCGAAGGAGCAGCAAAAGAGUUCCAGGAAAUGGACAUGUAUCGCUAUUAUUCUUGGUGUCGUUCUCAUCAUUAUUGUCUUGUUACCAGUGUUCACGAACAUGAUUAUGCUUUCUAAAGCCUAGGUGUAGAUGAA